GGAAUCCACGCGGACCUGCGACAGUUCAACGCGCGUGCCGCUUGUUGCUCUCCGAUCGUUUGCCUGCACUGCCUGCCGCACACCAUGAGCCGGAACGACAGCGGCACCGAGAGCCGAAAGCAGGUCAUCUUCCGCCUGCGCAACAAGAGGCAGCAGCCGCGAAUCGUGCACGAAGGACUCUCUCCCUGUCCCGACCGCACGCUGCUCGGAGGCUGGAGGGAGUACGAGGCUGGGAACGACCCGUUCGCUCGGUCGCGGCACCACCUCUUGAACAUGUGGGACAACUGGGACGGCAUGCAGGAGGUGGUGGCGCGCGAGAGCCAUACCGGGUGGUCGACGUGGCGCUAUCGCGCGAGGAGGCCCGCAGAGUGCUCACGAGCACGCCGGCAUCGGCACUCUGACACCUGCCUCCUGUGGUACACGUGGGCUUUGGGCAGCGUGCCGCAGGGGCCGGGGCGGCAUUCUGAGAGGGGCACUCCUCUUCGCGGAUGCUCUCGGGCCUCCUAUAGGAAGCCUUCCUCGGAGUCCCCGAGGCGGCGCGCGACCCUUCUUGAGAGCCCCCCUGCCUUCGCAGAAGGCCCCGCCUCGCUCGGCCGCCUCCUGCGCGACGCGCUGCCGCGACAUGGGUCGAGCGUGCUGCGGGUGCCGCGCACCGCGGAUGCCCUGCGUCUCUGCCGCUGCGGGCUCGGCGCACGUUAUUCCGUCGUGUCUCGUCAGGUCCUCUCGUGA